GUGCCGGGGAACCGCCUCUGAGAAACGCGGAGUACCUGUUUCAUAAAGGUGGUUGUGGGACUAAGGGGUUCGUGCUCUGGCGCACCUAGAGCCGUGCGUGGCUCCCAGGAGGUGAUCCAGGUCGCUAACUAUAAUAAGAAUAGGUGGUGGUCUUUCCGUCGUUACACUUGCGCAGUUGUCGAUGAGCCCUGAAUGUGUGGUGUCUUCAUGUUAUUCAUUUGUCCGUUCAUUCAUUCAGCUAAUUUAUUGAGCAUCUGCAUAUGCCAGGCUCUAGUCUGUUCCCUAAGAAUAUUCCAUGGUUCUUAACAUGUUAUGUAACAAGGUUUUUUUUAUCUUUUAGUUUCCUUGUGGCUUAAUUUGUGUCUAGAUAAAACUGGCCUGAGGAGCAUAAAACUAUUGGUAGUUUAUUCACCAAAAGCCAAGAGUUUGAUUUGAGUUUCAGUUUUAGUCUGUCACUACAAAGUGACGGUCUCCUGGUUUAGACACUGGAUGAAUAUGGGAAAAAGUCUUGUGACUGUGUACCUAUAGCAUCUGCCUUGAGGUGAUGAGGAGGUUUUUGUUACUCUAUGCUACACAGCGAGGACAGGCGAAGGCCAUAGCAGAGGAAAUAUGUGAAAAGGCAGGUGCACAUGGAUUUUCUGCAGAUCUUCACUGUAUUAGUGAGUCAGAUAAGUAUGAUCUAAAAACCGAAACAGCGCCUCUCGUUGUUGUUGUUUCUACCACGGGGGACGGAGACCCACCCGACACAGCCCGAAAGUUUGUUAAAGAAAUACAGGACAAGACACUGCCGGCUGAUUUCUUUGCUCACCUGCGGUAUGGAUUAUUGGGUCUGGGUGACUCAGAAUACACGUACUUCUGUAAUGGGGGGAAGAUGAUUGAUGCACGGCUCCAGGAGCUUGGUGCCCAGCGUUUCUAUGACACUGGCCAUGCGGAUGACUGCGUGGGUUUAGAACUUGUGGUUGAGCCAUGGAUUGACGGACUCUGGGCUGCCCUCACGAAGCAUUUUAUGUCAAGUAGAGGAAAAGAAGAGAUGAAUGGAGCUCUCACAAUGGCAUCUAAGGCCUUCUGGAGGACAGACCCUGUGAAACCAGAAUUGUUACAUAUCGAAUCACAAGUUGAACUUCUGAGAUUAGAUGAUUCAGGAAGAAAGAAUUCUGGGGUUUUGGAACACAAUGCAGUGAAUGGAGGUCACUCGACUGCUUUGAUUGCAGACUAUGAGUCCUCACUUACCCAUUCAGUGCCUCCACUUUCCCAGGCCUCCCUGAAUAUUCCUGCUUUACCACCGGAGUAUUUACAGGUGUGUCUGCAGGAGUCUCUUGGCCAGGAGGAAAGCCAGGCAUCUGUGACUUCAGUGGAUCAAGUUUUUCAAGUUCCAAUUUCAGAGGCAGUUCAACUGACUACGAAUGAUGCCAUAAAAACCACUCUUCUGGUCGAAUUGGACAUUUCAAAAACGGAUUUUUCCUAUCAGCCUGGUGAUGCCUUCAACGUGAUCUGUCCCAACAGUGAUUCUGAGGUACAAAACCUCCUGCAAAGACUGCAGCUCGCAGACCGAAGAGAACACUGUGUCCUCUUGAAAAUUAAGACAGACACAAAGAAGAAAGGAGCAUCCUUGCCUCAGCAUAUACGUGAGAGAUGUUCUCUCCAGUUCAUUCUUACCUGGUGCCUAGAAAUACGAGCAAUUCCUAAAAAGGCAUUUUUGCGAGCCCUGGUGGACUGCACCAGCGAUGGUGCGGAAAGGCGAAGGCUGCAAGAGCUGUGCAGUCGACAAGGAGCGGCCGACUAUAACCGUUUUGUGCGAGAUGCCUGUGCCAGCCUGUUAGACCUCCUCCUCGCUUUCCCGUCCUGCCAGCCUCCGCUCAGUCUCCUGCUCGAACAUCUUCCUAAGCUUCAACCCAGACCAUAUUCAUGUGCAAGCUCAAGUCUGUUUCACCCAGGGAAGCUUCGUUUCAUUUUUAACAUUGUGGAGUUUCUGUCUAACACCACAACGGUGGUUCUGCGGAAAGGCGUGUGCACGGGCUGGCUGGCCAUGUUGGUUGAAUCAUUUCUUCAGCCACACACGCAUGCGUCCCAUGCAAAUGGCGGGAAAGCCCUGGCUCCGGAGAUAUCCAUCUCUCCUCGAACAACAAAUUCUUUCCACUUACCGGAUGACCCCUCGGUCCCCAUCAUAAUGGUGGGUCCGGGGACUGGUGUGGCGCCCUUCAUUGGUUUCCUGCAGCAUAGGGAGAAACUCCAAGAACAACACCCAGAUGGAGACUUUGGAGCCAUGUGGUUGUUUUUUGGCUGCAGACAUAAGGAUAGAGAUUAUUUAUUCAGAGAAGAGCUCAGACGUUUCCAUAAGCUUGGAAUCCUAACUCACCUGAAGGUUUCUUUCUCAAGAGAUGCUCCUGUCGGGGACCAGGAAGCCCCAGCAAAGUACGUGCAAGACAGCAUCCAGCUUCACAGCAAGCAGGUGGCAAGGGUCCUUCUUCAGGAGAAUGGGUACAUUUAUGUGUGUGGAGAUGCUAAGAAUAUGGCGAAGGAUGUGAAUGAUACCCUUGUGGAAAUAAUAUGUAAAGAGGCUGGAGUUGAAAAACUAGAAGCGAUGAAAACAUUGGCUACUUUAAAAGAAGAAAAACGGUAUCUUCAGGAUAUUUGGUCAUAAAAUCAGAAAAUAAAGGAAGAGAAUUAAGCUUUUUUGGCUGAAAGUACUAAAAGACAAUUUUACGGAAGCUGAGACUUUCAAUUUUUAAAAUUAAAAUUUUUUUUUAACAUUUCUUGGAGAAGGAAAGAUGGGGAGUGUGGGUCACUUAACAGUAUAGCAAACUUCCGGUUCAGUUUUUCAUAUCUGCCACUCCCCAAACCAUCCUAUUGCUUGUGGGCCCCCUGACCUGAGAGGCAGCCCCCACUCCUCCACCAGCACCUCCUGAGGUGCCCUUUCCAUCCUGGAGAACCUCGAGCACUUCACAGGGAAUCCAUGUCUGUACAUGCGAUGGCUUCCUAGUCCAGGAUAUGGACACUAGAGUUGACUGGGUAGAGAGUUAAAGCUGGUGAACUUAGGUUGCCAGGUUUUUUUAAUAAUGUAAAAGCAAUUUGUCAUUUUCUUAUAUGAAAUAUGCCAUAAAGAAUAGUCAUAUUAAUAUGUUCAAAUGAUACAUGUACAGCAUAUCUGAUUAUAUGUUUAUAUAACUUUAUCAAAUGGUUAUUUAUUAUCAAACUAUAUUUCUGAUAAAAAGUAUUUUAAGGUAAUGCUUACAGGGAUUUCUUUUUAUGAUGCUAGAAAUGUGAAAUAUAUUUUGAAAUUCUA